UCCUCAUUCUAUUCUUGAACUUCGUAUGCUACUACGUCUCUCACUAUCUACGAAGCGUGAUUUAGGGCAUAUUUUGGAAAACAUUUCAUUUCCCAAGUCAAUUAAUUCUCAAUGCAGUAAUGGGUACUCCGUCUCCAGACAGUGUCUAUGAUAUAAUUUAUGCAUGCAACUCCCUGACUUAUUUUGAGUUGAGUGAUGAUGAUUCUGCUCGGCUCUGCAAUGUCGCGGAAGACCGAUGGAUAAUGCACAGAUUGCGUGACCAUGCUCUUGACACCAUGUUCCGCAACGCUGGUAGAUGCGGAUGACUAGAAAUCUCUGACGUCUGGGUGAUGUC